AUGUCUGAGCAGGCGGUGGCAGAUUUCUGCUGGCAUGCGAGGGAGGUAGUGUCGUCGGGGAUGGGGCUCUGGGGUUGGCUGUGGGGGCGCCGAGGACCGUCGGGCUUCGGCUCCGCGUCCACCGCCGAGGAGGUCACCGCCGGCGUCGACGCCAGCAACCUCACUGCCAUCGUCACAGGGGCAACAAAUGGCAUCGGAAAGGAGACAGCCAGAGUGCUAGCACUGAGGGGAGCGAAGGUGAUCAUACCAACUAGGACACUGGAGAGUGGCCUCAAGGUGAAAGAGAGCCUCGCAGAUCAGGUCCCGAGCUCCAAGCUGCACGUCAUGGAGAUGGACCUGAGCUCUCUAAGCUCCGUCCGCGACUUCGCGCGGUCCUUCGAUUCAUCUCACGAGCAUCUGAACCUCCUCAUAAACAAUGCAGGGAUUAUGGCCUGCCCUUACCAGCUCUCCAAGGAUGGAAUCGAGCUGCAGUUCGCAACCAAUCAUGUUGGCCAUUUCUUGCUGACAAAUCUCCUGCUGGACAAGAUGAAAUCAACUGCCAGAGAGACAGGUGUGCAAGGCAGGAUCAUAAACGUGUCAUCCAUCGCACAUAAAAGAAGUGAUGGUACAUGCUUUGAGCUGAACAAGCUAAACGAUAAGGCUAGGUACCAGCCGUUCAUUGCAUAUGCACAUUCGAAAUUAGCCAAUAUUCUCCACGCAAAUGAGUUGUCCAGGCGUUUUCAGGAAGAAGGAUGCAAUCUGACAGCGAAUUCCCUGCAUCCUGGAGUAAUCAUCACCAAUAUCAUUCGCUAUGUUGCAGGAAAUAACAAUGCGCUGAUUUCGGUUCUCUCCCCUGUAGCAAAUCUUGUUCUGAAGAGCAUACCCCAGGGAGCUGCGACUACUUGCUACCUGGCAUUGCACCCUAAUGUCAAAGAUGUAUCUGGUAAAUACUUCUCGGAUUGCAAUGAAGCAACACCGACUGCUGUCGCAAGAGAUUCAGAGCUGGCAAAGAGGCUAUGGUCGUUCAGCGAAGAACUUGUAGGGAUCAAUAAAGAUAUGUCACAGACGACACAGCCAACAAGUCAAGAAGAGGACGUACAAGAGAAAGACGUUUUCCAAGCCAAGUAG